AACCGUUUUUUGAAAAUCUUUAUGACAAUAAAUAUUACCUAGAUUAAUAAAUAAUUUUAUUGUUUAAACAUAUUAUUAUAAAUCAGUUUUAAACAUCAUUUUGGAUUUUGAUUUUAACCUUUUGCAUUGUAUUUUGUAAUAAUCUACUGAACAAGUAAUCUACAAUUUACAAACACCAUAGCCAAUAUUUGAAUUAAAUCUUUGUUCAUUCUUCAUCAUAGAAGUAGACUGUUAUAAGCUGGCCCGCAUUUUCAUCACAAAUAGACAAUAGUACAUCAUAAUUUUACGUUAUGAAGGCUUUUUUGGAAUGGGUGCGUAAUCGUUUCUCCAAGGUCGACUUGAUGCACCUAGUUGAUAUUGAUGAUGAAAAUCUUCAAUUAUUAAUAUUCCAAAACGGACCCAGCAGAGAUGAAUUUAUAAAGGUUUUGGUAUAUAAACUGUUAUUGGAUAUUGAUCCUGAGUCUGAAUACUCAAAAACAUAUGAUUUAGAAUAUAUACUUGUGUCAUUUGGUUUGUUAAAUAAAAAAACUGCUCAAAAUUUUUUAGAAGGUAAUAUGUCAACAAAGUUACAUAUAGCUACAUGGAAAAUAAUUAUUGAAUCUUUGAUACCAACUACAACAAUCACCAAUCAAUAUCCGAGAUAUGAAGAACUAAUGAAUACCAUUUACGAAAAGAGUAAUUAUUUUCGAACUGCUGAAAAUAAAAAUUAUCUACCUCCAGAACUUAUAUCAAAGUUGAAAAUUGAAACAGCUUUGAACGAAAAUAGUGAGAGUAUUGAUGAAAUUACAGACCAAUUAAUCAAGCUCAUAAAUAAACAAAUAAUACAUGAUGGAAAUAAUGAUUUUAAAUCUCCCUCAAAUUGUGAGGAACGAUCAUUAGAUUCAAACUCAGAAUUUAUGGACUUGAUAUCAAUACAAAAAGAAGUUGAUCAAUGUAUUAAGAUUUCAAAUGACAAAAAGAUAACUCCAUUAAAUAAUGAAGGCUCAAUCAAAAUGACCCCACAAGAGUUUCUUGAACUAACAGAAAAACAAAAUUUGAUUCAUACUGAUAAUUUAGAAUUCAAAUUAGAAUAUAUCCAUAAGCUUGUAAAAGCUGAACAAGAUUUACAAAUCUUAGCUGAUUCAUUAAUAGUACAGUCUAUGUCGGAUAGCAAAGAAUGUCAAAGAAAAACUUCAUAAACUCCCGUUAAUUAUAUAUAAAUUAAAUUUGUGUAAUAAUAAUAAUAUGUAUAAAAUCUAAAUUUUUUUGAGUGUGAAGUUUUAUAUUUUUUUAUUUUUAUUAUAUAUAUUAUAUCUAAUAUCUUAUAAAAAAGAUUCAAAUUAUGUUAAAGUAUUUGAUAAUUUUUAUACUUAUUACAGCAUAAAAAUUUGGAAUUAUUUAGAUACAAUUUAUUUGUGUUUUCAAGACAAUUUUAGUAAUCUAACUUGUUUAUUAUUUUACUUUCUUGAAAAUUCCACUCCAAAUAUUUGCACUUGGUAGUAGUUGUUAAUGGUAAUAUUAUGUUACAUUGUUACUAACACCUUUUUUUAUGUAAUGGAAGUGAAAUUAGUGUAAAUGACAUGAUUACAAUAAUUUAAUUUUCCUAUAUUCCUAUUAAAAUUUAAAAUACAGUUAACUUUAUAAUUUAUGUGUAAUGUUUUAGUCUUUACUUUUAAAUCUAAGAUAUAAUUGUUGAGUUUUCAAGGCAAGUUAACUUAACGAUAAAAUGUUAACAAGUUUAUUGUUCAGUUAAAUUUUGUCGAAGUAGACAGAAAUAAAUGUAAUUUUAUUAAAAGAAUAAAAUAAAACAAAUUAUUUAUUUUCAGAA